AUGCACUACACAACUAGAAUCUCAACAGAUUUGAAAUCACUAGGCAUCAUUGAUGACUUUGUCGCACGUGUAGAGUUUGAGCUCCGUGAGGACACGUUCGAGCUGCACUCGUUGCAGCUCGAGCUGGAGGCCGUGGAGAAGCAGAUUCAGGAGCUGUUGGUGCGGCAGACCGAGCUGAGAGAGCGGAGAGCCGCUCUGGAAUCCUCCCGGGUCCCGUGCACCCUGGACGCGAUCUUCCCAGAUGUCCUUCACUCCGGCGCCGGGACACCACGGACCCUGGGUGCAGCAGCAGCGGAAGACGCGAGCCAGGCCCCGGCCGAGGACCUCGCCCCCUCCGCCGCCUCCGGUCUUCGAGAUCUCCACCCGGAACCGCUUCGCUCCCCUUCGCGAGACGGAACGCGACGCUGUGAUCGUCGGAGACUCCAUUGUCCGAUACCCGCAAUCCUGAAGGACGGCGAGAGCGUCGGCGCGAUCGUCCUGCACGCGGGGGUGAACGACACCAGGCUGCGGCAGACGGAGGUUCUGAAGAGGGACUUCAGCAGCCUGAUCGAGACGGUUCGCAGCACGUCGCCCGCGACGAGGAUCAUCGUGUCAGGACCGCUUCCCACGUAUCGACGUGGGCACGAAAAGUUCAGUAGACUUCUUGCUCUAAAUGAAUGGUUACUGACAUGGUGUAAAGAACAGAAACUGCUCUUUGUUAAUAAUUGGAAUCUUUUCUGGGAACGUCCUAGGCUUUUCCGUGCUGAUGGCCUGCACCCCAGCAGAGUCGGAGCGGAGCUGCUGUCGGACAACAUCUCCAGGACGCUACGCUCCAUUUGACUAGAAUUCACAAGCUCCAGUGUGGAUCCAGAACACUUAAGAAGAGAUGAUGCCAACCCCACAGAGGACUUCAGAUGAUGCCAACCCUGAAAACAUACAGCACUACCGAAUUCUGCUACUAAUUUAUAGUGUUCUUUGUCUGUUUGAUUACGUCAUUAAUUGAUCUUUACCACACAUCUCUGCCAUAUGUGCAUCAAGCUACUACUACAUAUAUUGUAAAAAUGUCAAUUUGGUGUAAAGCUGCUUUGCAACGAUAUGUAUCGUGAAAAGCGCUAUACAAAUAAAUUUGAAUUGAAUUGAA